AUCUACAUCUUUUCCAGCGAUGCGUGACAAUAUGCGAUUCGUUCUCAUCCCUUUCAUAGUCUGGGUUGGAUUUGACAAUGUUGAUGGGACGUGUACAUUUCCAACCACGUGGGAUGGCACGUGGUAUGACAGCAGCAUGACGUCUUCAAAUAUUGUGUUGGAUAGGGCAAAUCUUAAAGUCACUUCCGGUUGGACCGUCACUGCAUAUGCGUCAACCGUAACUUCAUGGACAUGCGUGAACCACGACACCACCAAUAAUUUGAUACUCUUUAAAGGUGAUCAGUUCAUUAACCUGUUCAGCUCACUACAAAAUGCCUUUAGAUGCCUAAAAUACACCAAAAUAACAGAUUAUUCCUAUAUGUACUAUAUAUAUGCUGAUAUACAAGUAAACGCAAAUAAUGCACGAGUAUAUAUUGAGAGCAAUGACCCUUCUGUGACGACAUGGCCCACGUCAUCCACAUAUUGCAACCCAUCUGACCUUGGAACAGAAGAGUAUGCUGUCUUGGUCAAGGACGGUCAACUUACUGACAUAAAGCAGUAUUUUCCCACUCCUUUUCUGUUUACCGCUGCUUACACCCACAAUGACGGAAGCUCUACAACUUGUGGGACGGGGUCUGUCUGGGAUAUAUGUACCGACAGGAAAAUUGCAACUGUGAACUACACGCAAUGUGCAACAAAACAGUUCUACUCAACCGGAGGCGAGGGUUACUGCGUUUAUUAUACCUCCAGUGGAAGUACUUACUAUACGACUAUCGUCAAUACGGAUACCACAGUGGAUUUUUCCACCACCUACCGGUUUACCUGCUAUGCCGUGACGUCAUCAGGGUCCACAAUUUACGCUAGUGACAGCAAGGGUACGUGUGAGAGAUCACAGUCUCCCACAGUCAAACAGACAGACGGGACGGGUACACUGGUGUUUACCCCAUACAUUACCUGCCCCUUUACAGACGCCAAUGACACAGCGUCAGCGGGAUCCAGCUUGGGAAUAAUCAUAGGAAUAGUGGUUGCAAUUUUGUUAUUACUCAUUGCUUUAAUAGUGGGUAUCAUCUUGUACAAGAAGAACAAACAAAAGCAGAAAACAGUGCACCAGACGCUCAGAGAAAACCAAGUUUUCCCGUCAACUGACAUGGACUUAGAGACAUACAGAGAUGCUUUAAGUAUAGGCCCCACGGACGAAGGCCGCUUACCUCCUAUUACACACCGCUCUAAUCUUCCCCAAAACGAGGCUGUGGAGGCAACAACCCUCCCAUCUUCCCUUCCUCCGAUCAAAAAAAUCAGCAUUGAAGAACUUAAUCCACAUGAUGCUACGGCAAUUGAUAUACCGGAGAAGAAGCAGUUAGAUCCAAUCGGAGAAUAUAUUCCAAAUGGCGUAGAGACAAAGCCGUCAACAGGCGCAGUGCCCCUACCACCAAUUACCCAGACCAUGAAAUAAUCCAGAUCACACCCCAGUGGCAUUGCAAGUUUAGAAUGGGAUGUACGAUCAUACUUAUAUAUGAUUUCCCUCUUUGUGGGUGCCAUCACGACACGUGACUAAGACUACUCACCUAUUAUUGCUAUUUAUUGACUAUUUUGUUAAUGUAUGUUGUUGAUUGAAUGAGAGAAAAUUUUUGAAAGUUUUUAUUAAAUCAAUACAUAUAAAUGAAGACUGUUUUUAAAAUUAGUUCCCUGCCCCCAUCAUUAGCUAUGAUCUCCAAAGAUCAAUGUAUAAUUAUGUAUAAUGUAAGAAUGCACGAAAUUAGAAGAGAUUAAAGUAAUGAGAUUAACUGAUCCACGUUUUUUCACAACGUAGAAACGAUUAUUUACACUAUGAUUGAUCUCCAUACUGUUAUUCAACAUAAAACGAUCAAUGCUAUUCAUUGCACUUGAAGAAGACCAUUAUUAUCAUCUUUUGUUUGUAUGUGCUCUAAGCACGCCAUUAUAUAUGAAUAUUAAGGAAUGCUUGAUAGAGAAGACUUCAUAUAUUUUCUUGUUAAUGAUCUUCAAAUAAAGUUGUUGAAUUUA